UUCUUUGGAAUUAGUGUUGACAUUAGAUCCGGUCAUUCUCCACUGAAGUGUGGAAGGCGCAAACACACACACUCUCUCUUCCUCUCAGUCCGACAGAGAACUGCUUUGCCAUCUACGAGCCCUGCCUUUUACUUCCCCGCUCAACAUUUUGACAACUGCCUGCCUGCUUCUCAGGGAGAAGUAGAGAUACUGGUAGGGUACUAGGGGGCAUACAUCAUGAUCAAGCGGGUGCCAAGUAGGAACCAGAGAACCAAAGGAAUCAAGGUGAGGCAUGUUCUGCAGAUCUGUCUGCUGCUUGGGGUGUGCUUUUGGUUAAUCUAUCAGGUCAAGCAUUCCCAUGAUAAGAAAGUGGCAUUAGAUAAGAAAGAUGAAAAAACCCCAACCAGAAGCCUGAGUGAAGGUGAACUUCUGAAACUUGGGAGGAAAGACCUUCCAAAACUUGAAGUCCCUAAAAAUGAGAAACAAGAGGAAGAGGAUGAAGUUGAAGGAGCAGGAGAGGAAGACGAGAAACAUCAAGUAGAUGUGCAUGAAGAAGAGGAUCCGAAACAUGAAGUAGAAGCACAUGAAGAAGAGGAUCAGAAACAUGAAGGGGAAGAGCGAGAAGAAGAGGAUCAGAAGCAUGAAGUAGGAGAGCAAGAAGAAGAGGAUCCGAUGGGUAAGCAAGAAGAAGAGGAUCUGAAGCAUGAGGUGGAAGAGCAAGAGGAGGAAGAAAACAGGAAUGAAGAGACAGAGGAUGAGGAAAGAGGAGCUGGAGAUGAUGAGAUAGAUGAAAAUGAGCAAGAGGGAAAUGAAGUGGAAGUGGAGCACGAUGAGGAUUUUGUAGAUGAAGAGAAAGAAAGAGAAGAUGAUGGGAAUGAGAAGGAUGGUGAAAAGAAAGACGGUGAAGAGAGAGAGGAUCAAGAAGAACAUGAGAGUUCAUCAGAUGAUCAAGAUAAUGAAACCCAUGAUAAGAAUGCUCAUGAAGCACGAGAGGAGAAUUACAAGGGGGAUGAUGCUUCUAGUGCAGUGGCCCAUGAAGUUACAAGCACUGAAACUGAGAAAGUAAGUUCGGAAAACUUAAAUGAGAACCCAGAAGCUACUAUGCUAGAAAAGGACAAUUCAACAAUGGUGGAAGAUAGAAUGGCUGAAAAUGGUACUAUUUUAAAUGUAGGUGCAAGUGAAGAGAAAGUUAAUGGUAAUAUGGCCAAUCCUGCGGAGAGCUCACUUUUACAUGAAAAAGUGAAAACACAAUCAAAUGAUGAACCAGAAGCAUGGAAUAACUCAACAAUGGUGAGUGCCGAAGCUAACGAUAAUUCAACAAUAGUGAGUACAGAAGCAAGCAAUAACCCUACAGAAACCAACCAGGCAACUGGUUCAUACCAGCAGAACGGUACAGAGAUCGUAUCUGAGUCAGCUCACUCUGAAAUUGCGACAGUGGAUGGUAUGAGUACUGGAGAAAGCGUGGACAUACAAACCAUGGUUAUGGAACAGGCUAACAACACAGCUUCUCAGAACAAUGAAUCUGACUCAAAUUCAACAAUAUCCACUAAAAUUGAGAAUGCAGAUGGGGCAUUGGGAGAAUCAUCUUCCUUCUCUAAUAAGGUAGCGACUAACAUGUCAGAGAAUAUCUUAAGAUCUGAUGGAACAGUUGAAACAGAGGGUGGUUCUAGAUCUUCAUCGUUAAAGGAGGCCACAGAUGCCAUUCAGAAUGAAGAGUCUAAUGGUACAAGUGAAUCGGACAGGACAGAUGAAGGUUCAGACUCCACAAAUGGGACACAGGACGCAACUCAGCGAGAUUCAAUUGAUUCUUCUGAUUCCCAUAUCACCCAAGAAAAGAAAGAGGUUCGCACGGAUCUAACUACAUUGCCGGAGAUAACAACCAAGGGGAAUGAGAAUGGAGAGGCUGCAGCAGAAUGAUGAUCGUUGUCUUUGGUUUCUUCUGGCGCUUGAUGUUUUCAUGCUUGCCUUUGCAAAGCAACUAGGUUAGUUAUUGUGAAUUUUAAUCUACGGCUAGAAAAUCAAUAUAGCUGUUAAAACAUUGGCUAGUUUAUAUCACCCGCAGGUUUAAUCUGUAAUACUAAAUCCAACCGUCUGCUGUGCUGUUUAUUUGCACUUUUGUCUUUCUUUUCAUUUAUUCUUUUAUUUGCACCUU